CUAUUAUAAUUCUCUUUGGGCAUCACUAUUUGACAACUAAUGUCAGGAAUUAUUUACGUAAAAAAAUCAGUUAAAUUCCAAAAUAAUUAAUCUCAGAAACUAUUUAUUGUUUGUUCUUGUUUCGUGAAUUUGAGCUAUCUUAUUAAAUUUAAAAAGUUGUAAAUAAAUUAUACGCAUAAAUUUAAAGUGUUCAAAAUGAUGGCUAGCAAAGCUAUGCCGGAGACGGAGGAGCAAAACAGAAUCCGAUUUCAAGUGGAAUUAGAAUUUGUACAAUGCUUGGCAAAUCCAAAUUAUAUACACUUUUUAGCACAGAGAGGUUACUUAAAAGAACAGACAUUUAUUAAUUAUUUAAAGUACUUACAAUACUGGAGAGAACCAGAGUAUGCCCGGUAUCUCAAGUACCCCAUGUGUCUGCAUUUCCUAGAGCUGUUACAGCAUGAAGCAUUCAGAAGGGAAUGUGUUUCAGCACAGGUGUGUAAAUUCAUGGAUGACCAAGCUAUUCUCUUGUGGCAACACUAUACGCGGCGGCGCACGCGUACGCUGCAGCCACCAGAUGCGCCCGCGCCGCCCGCGCCCCCCGCACCUCCACAACAGGGCGCGCCCAGGCAACAACCCUAAUAUAGUUAUAAUCUGUAUUAAAGUGAAAUGAACUUGCGGAUUUUAUUCUUAGGUGUGUUAUAUGCUAAGCAAUAAUGACAUUAGCAUUCUCAUUGUAUUGUAAAUAUGUAUAUAAUAAUAUAUAGUUUGAUAAGUAGUCUAGUAUUGUUUGAUGAUGAAUUUAUUCACUUGUCACAGUUUUCUGUUUAUUUGUUUGUAAGAGAUUUAUUUUAGUGGUUUAGUUAUGUCAGUUAGAACAUGGAUUCAUGUGGUUAUUCCAAAAAAGCAGAACAUAAUUUGGUGUUGUCUACCUGUUACAAUAAUAAUGCUCUAAAUGUUAUAAUAAUUACUAUUACUAAAAUGAGUAAUAAAAAAAUGAAAGAAGGGGUGCAGAAAGUGGCUAAAUUUUUAAUUUAAAGUAAUGUAGUCAUCUUCAUUUUUUAUGUGCUUUUUCCGUAUUGCUGUUGUUAUUUAUGUAUGAACUUGCCAAAAGCAUUGGGGCACUAAAAAAAGUUAAAGGCCACGAAAAUCAGCAGAGUAGCUGCCGCGGUAUUAGUGAAACAGGCCUCCCGAGCGUUUGGGGCCUUUGUUGCCCGUAGGCACAUAAACAGGCGCCCUAAAGUUCGCACUGCUCUGAUGGCACCCUAACAAAUUUUCAUCAAGAACAAGAGUUCUAUAGUCUAAAAACAGACUGGUUAUCACAGCAGUGCCCCGUUCUUAGAUAAAUAACGUUUAUGAAUAAGGGGGUAGUGUUUUGUAUGUAUGGGAACAUAUAUUAUUUUUAACACAUCAAACAUAUUUACAGAGACUGAUUUUAUUUGUAUAAAGUAGUUGUUUAAGAUGAUAAUUCUAAUGUAUGUAUAAAUUAAUUUUAUACGGAA